UGUAACAUUACAGUAUGUCCAGUGACGAGUUUAUUUUAAAAUGUGUCGUUAAAUAUCCUAGUCACAGUUGUAAUGGUGGUUUUAGAUAUAUAAUUAAUAAUAUAUUUUGUUUGUUUAUAUUAAAUGUUAAAUAUGUUAGUGCUGUGCGUUUUCUUUUUAUCCGUUUUUGGAUCUUUAAAUGCUGAUUACUAUCGCAUGUCGUACCGUCCCAGGCCGUGCCUCAUGCCCACGCUGGAGCACGGGCGGGUGCAAGCGCGCCGGUCCACGCUCAUCCGGUUCAAGUGCCUGCAGCGGUACGAGCUGGUCGGCAACCGGUACGCCACGUGCAAGGACGGCCAGUGGGACGCGCCCGUGCCGGUCUGCGUCCGUGAGUUACUACUGUUACUGCCGCAUGUCGUACCGUCCCAGGCCGUGCCUCAUGCCCACGCUGGAGCACGGGCGGGUGCAAGCGCGCCGGUCCACGCUCAUCCGGUUCAAGUGCCUGCAGCGGUACGAGCUGGUCGGCAACCGGUACGCCACGUGCAAGGACGGCCAGUGGGACGCGCCCGUGCCGGUCUGCGUCCGUGAGUUACUACUGUUACUGCCGCAUGUCGUACCGUCCCAGGCCGUGCCUCAUGCCCACGCUGGAGCACGGGCGGGUGCAAGCGCGCCGGUCCACGCUCAUCCGGUUCAAGUGCCUGCAGCGGUACGAGCUGGUCGGCAACCGGUACGCCACGUGCAAGGACGGCCAGUGGGACGCGCCCGUGCCGGUCUGCGUCCGUGA